UCAAGAAGGCUAUAUCCAAUCCAUGGUUUACUGCUACCUCCAGCCAUGGGCCUUUUAGGAAUACUUUGUUUUUUAAUCUUCCUAUGGAAAAGUUGGGGACAAGAACAAACAUAUGUCAUUUCAGCACCAAAAGUAUUCCGUGUUGGAGCAUCUGAAAAUAUUGUAAUUCAAGCUUAUGGAUACACUGAAGCAUUUGAUGCAACAAUCUCCAUUAAAAGUUAUCCUGACAAAAAAUUUACUUACUCCUCAGGCUAUGUUAGUUUAUCCUCAGAAAAUAAAUUCCAAAAUUCUGCAAUCUUAACAAUACAACCAAAACAAUUGUCUGGUGGACAAAACCCAGUUUCAUAUGUGUAUUUGGAAGUUAUAUCAAAACAUUUUUCAAAAUCAAAAAAAAUGCCAAUAACCUAUGACAAUGGAUUUCUCUUUAUUCAUACAGAUAAACCUGUUUACACUCCACAUCAGUCAGUAAAGGUUAGAGUUUAUUCAUUGAACGAUGACUUGAAGCCAGCCAAAAGAGAAACUACCUUAACUUUCAUAGAUCCCGAAGGAUCAGAAGUUGACAUAGUAGAAGAAAUUGAUUAUACUGGAAUUAUAUCUUUUCCCGACUUCAAGAUUCCGUCUAAUCCUAAAUAUGGUGUUUGGACAAUUCGAGCUAAAUAUAAAGAGGACUUUUCAACAACUGCAACCACAUAUUUUGAAAUUAAAGAAUAUGUCUUGCCACAUUUCUCUGUGUCAAUAGAACCAGAAAGUAAUUUCAUUAGUUAUAAGAACUUUAAGAAUUUUGAAAUUACUAUAAAAGCAAGAUAUUUUUAUAAUAAAGUAGUCACUGAAGCUGACGUUUAUAUUGCUUUUGGAAUAAGAGAAGACUUACAAGAUGAUCAAAAAGAAAUGAUGGAAAAAGCAAUGCAAAACACAAUGUUGAUAAAUGGAAUUGCUCAAGUCACAUUUGAUUCUGAAACAGCAAUCCAAGAACUAUCAUAUAACAGUCUAGAAGAUUUAAACAACAAGUACCUUUAUAUUGCUGUAACAGUCAUAGAAUCUACAGGUGGAUUUUCUGAAGAGGCAGAAGUAUCUGGCAUCAAAUACGUCCUCUCUCCCUACAAACUGAAUUUGGUUGCCACUCCUCUUUUCUUGAAGCCUGGGAUUCCAUAUUCCAUCAAGGUGCUGGUUAAGGAUUCGCUUGACCAGUUGGUAGGAGGAAUUCCAGUAACCCUGAAUGCAGAAACAGUCGAUGAAAACCAAGAGACAUCUGACUUGGAGCCAAAGAAAAGUGUAACACGUCUCAGUGAUGGAGUAGCUUCGUUUGUGGUUAAUCUCCCAUCUGGAGUGAUGACGCUGGAGUUUUGUGUCAAAACCGAUGCCUCAGAUCUUCCAGAAGGAAAUCAGGCCAGCAAAUGUUACCAAGCAAUAGCGUACUCAUCUCUCAGCCAAAGUUACCUUUAUAUUGAUUGGACUGAAAACCAUAAAGCUUUGCUUGUGGGAGAACAUCUGAAUAUUAUCGUUACCCCCAAAAGUCCAUAUAUUGACAAAAUAACUCACUAUAAUUACUUGAUUUUAUCCAAGGGCAAAAUCAUACACUUUGGCACGAGGGAGAAACUUUCAGAUUCAUCUUAUCAAAGUAUAAACAUUCCAGUGACACAGAACAUGGUUCCUUCAGCCCGUCUCCUGGUCUAUUACAUCGUCACAGGAGAGCAGACAGCAGAAUUAGUAUCUGACUCAGUCUGGUUAAACAUUGAAGAGAAGUGCGGCAACCAGCUCAAGGUUCAUAUGUCUCCAGAUGCAGAUGCAUAUUCUCCAGGCCAAGCCGUGUCUCUUAAUAUGGCCACUGAGAUGGAUUCAUGGGUGGCAUUAACAGCGGUAGACAGUGCUGUGUAUGGAGUCCAAAGAAGAGCCAACAAGCCCAUGGAAAGAGUAUUUCAAGUUUUAGAGAAGAGUGAUUUGGGAUGUGGGGCAGGUGGUGGCCGCAACAAUGCAGAUGUGUUCCACCUAGCUGGACUCACCUUCCUCACCAAUGCAAAUGCAGAUGACUUCCAAGAAAAUGAUCAACCUUGUAAAGAAAUUCUCAGGCCUAAAAGAAUGCUGCAACAGAAAAUAGAGAAAGCAGCUGCUAAAUACAAACAUCAAGUACCAAAGAAAUGUUGUUAUGAUGGAGCUCGGCGUGUUGAUGAUGAAACAUGUGAACAGCGACUUGCCCGGGUUACUGUAGGCCCAGUAUGCAUUAGAGCUUUCAACGAAUGUUGUACCAUUGCAACCCAGAUCCGUGCUGCAUCCUCUCAUAAAGAUGUGCAAUUGGGAAGGCUACAUAUAAGGACCCUGUUACCAGUAACUAAGCCAGAAAUUCGAAGCUAUUUUCCAGAAAGCUGGUUAUGGGAAGUUCAUCGUGUUCCAAAAAGAAACCAGUUGCAGUUUGUGCUACCUGAUUCUCUAACUACCUGGGAAAUUCAAGGUGUUGGCAUUUCAAAUAGUGGUAUAUGUGUUGCUGAUACUGUCAAGGCAAAGGUAUUUAAAGAUGUCUUCCUGGAAAUGAAUAUACCAUAUUCUGUUGUACGAGGGGAGCAGAUCCAAUUGAAAGGAACUGUUUAUAACUAUAGGACUUCUGGGAUGCAUUUCUGUGUUAAAAUGUCUGCUGUGGAGGGAAUCUGCAUGUCGGGAGGCCCAGCCAUUGAUCACCAGGGAACAAAACCUUCCAAGUGUGUGCGCCAGAGAAUAGAGGGCUCCUCCAAUCACUUGGUGACCUUCACCGUGCUUCCUCUGGAAAUUGGCCUCCACAACAUCAACUUUUCACUGGAGACUUCAUUUGGAAAAGAAAUCUUAGUAAAAACAUUACGUGUAGUGCCAGAAGGUGUCAAAAGGGAAAGCUAUUCUGGUAUUACCCUGGACCCUAAGGGUAUUUAUGGUGUUGUCAGCAGACGAAAGGAGUUCCCAUACAGGAUACCAUUAGAUAUGGUCCCUAAAACAAAAGUCAAAAGGAUUUUGAGUGUAAAAGGUCUGCUUAUAGGUGAGGUCCUGUCUGCAGUUCUAAGUCAGGAAGGCAUCAAUAUCCUAACCCACCUCCCCAAGGGGAGUGCAGAGGCAGAGCUGAUGAGCAUUGUCCCAAUAUUCUAUGUUUACCACUAUCUGGAAGCAGGAAAUCAUUGGAACAUUUUUCACCCUAACUCAUUAACUAAAAAACAGAACCUGAAGAAAAAAUUAAAAGAAGGGAUGGUGAGCAUCAUGUCCUACAGAAAUGCUGACUUUUCUUACAGUAUGUGGAAGGGUGGAAGUGCUAGCACUUGGUUAACAGCUUUUGCUUUAAGAGUACUUGGACAAGUAAAUAAAUAUGUAGAGCAGAACCAAAAUUCAAUUUGUAAUUCUUUAUUUUGGCUGGUUGAAAAUUGUCAAUUAGAAAAUGGAGCUUUCAAGGAAAAUUCCCAGUAUCAACCGAUAAAAUUACAGGGUACCUUGCCUGUUGAAACCCAAGAGAACACCUUAUAUCUUACAGCCUUUACUGUGAUUGGAAUUAGAAAGGCUUUUGAUAUAUGCCCCCUGAUGAAAAUCAGUACAGCUGUAACUAAAGCUGAAAACUUUCUACUUGAAAAUACCCUUCCAGCCCGGAGCACCUUUACGCUGGCCAUUGCUGCUUAUGCACUUUCCCUGGGAGAUAAAACUCACCCACAGUUUCGUUUAAUUGUUUCAACCCUAAAGAGGGAAGCUUUGGCUAAAGGUAAUCCACCCAUGUAUCGUUUCUGGAAAGACAGUCUGCAACAAAAAGACAGCUCUGUACCUAAUGCUGGUACAGCACGUAUGGUAGAAACCACUGCCUAUGCUUUACUCACCAGCCUGAGCUUGAAAGAAAUGAAUUAUGUCAACCCAAUCAUCAAAUGGCUAUCCGAAGAACAGAGGCAUGGAGGUGGCUUUUAUUCAACUCAGGAUACCAUUAAUGCCAUUGAGGGCCUGACAGAAUAUUCACUCCUGAUUAAACAACUCCGCCUGAAUAUGGAUAUCAAUGUCUCUUACAAGCACAAAGGUAACUUCUACCAAUAUAAGAUGACAGAGAAGAAUUUCCUUGGGAGGCCAUUGGAGGUGCCUCUCAAUGAAGACCUCAUUGUCAGUACAGGAUAUAGCAGUGGCUUGGCUACAGUACAUGUAAGAACUAUAGUUCACAAAACCAGUACCUCUGAGGAAGUUUGCAGCUUUUAUUUGAAAAUUGAUACCCAGAACAUUGAAGCAUCCAGCUACAGAGGCUAUGGCGACUCGGAAUAUAAACGCAUAGUAGCAUGUGCCAGCUAUAAACCCAGCACGGGAGAAUCAUCAUCUGGAUCCUCCCAUGCAGUGAUGGAUAUCUCUCUGCCUACUGGAAUCAAUGCAAACCAAGAUGACUUAAAAGCUCUUGUUGAAGGGGUAGAUCAACUAUUAACAGAUUACCAAAUCAAAGAUGGACAUGUUAUUUUGCAACUGAAUUCGAUUCCCUCUAGUGAUUUCCUUUGUGUCCGAUUCCGAAUAUUUGAACUUUUUGAAGUUGGGUAUCUUAGUCCUGCUACGUUCACAGUGUAUGAAUACCACAGACCAGAUAAACAGUGCACCAUGUUUUAUAGCACUUCCAAUAUCAAACUUCAGAAAGUCUGUGAAGGAGCCAUGUGCAAGUGUGUAGAAGCUGACUGUGGGCAAAUGCAGGAAGCAUUGGAUCUGACAAUCUCUGCAGAUACUAGAAAAGAAACAGCAUGUAAACCAGAGAUUGCAUACGCUUAUAAAGUUAGAGUCACAUCCAUCACUGAAGAAAAUGUCUUUAUCAAAUACACUGCAACUCUUCUGGAUAUCUACAAAACUGGGGAAGCUGUUGCUGAGAAAGACUCUGAAAUCACCUUCAUUAGAAAGAUUACCUGUGCUAACGCUGACCUGGUAAAAGGAAGACAGUAUUUAAUUAUGGGCAAAGAAGCCCUCCAGAUAAAAUACAAUUUCAGCUUCAGGUACAUCUACCCUUUAGAUUCCUUGACCUGGAUUGAAUAUUGGCCUACAGAUACAACAUGUCCAACGUGUCAAGCAUUUUUAGCUAAGUUAGAUGAGUUUGCUGAAGACAUCUUUUUAAAUGGCUGCUAAAACGCCUGAAGUUCAGCUGUAUACAGUUUUUACUUAUGGACUUCUAUUGUUGAAGGUUUUUUUUCUUCUUCUUCUUUUUUUUUUUUUUUAACAUUCACAGCUGGUCUUAUUUGGAAAGCUCACUUUACUUAGAAUUAGUAGCACUUGCUUUUAUUAGAGAACAAGUUUAAGAGCUGUAACUUUCUGAAAUAACAUGGCUUUGAGGGCCAUGAAGACAGAUACUCCAAGGUUAUUGGACACCGGAAGCAAUAAAUUGGAACACCUCUUAAAACCUACCACUCAGGAAUGUUUCCUGGGGCCAAAAGAAUAGCCCGUUGAAAUGGAGUAUCUUACAAAAACAUGGCCUUUGCUUGAAAGAAAAUACCAAGGAACAGAAAACUGAUCAUUAAAGCCUGGCUCUGCUUUCAAAAUGUGCUAGAGAGCAUGUUAUUUUAUGCUAGGUCAGCUUCAACCACACAAAGACAGGCCAACUGAGAGAAGUGGAGAAAGUCGACAGUAGAGAACGUUAACCCUGAGAAGGCCUAACCUCAGAGCCCUCAGCAAACUGAGAAGGUAGGCGAGCUUCUCUUUGCCCCACUCCUCUUCUACUGCCUUCUCCAUCCCCAGAUGGGAGCUCCCUCCACUCCCUUCCAGCCCUCCCAGCACAUGUUCAUUUCCCCCAGGAACUUGUUCUUGCCAAUAAUUGCUCUACCAGAAGAUAGGCCCCAGUGCAGCAACCUGGUGAAAAAAAAAUAUGAAUCAGGAGACCUUUGUUCUAGCCCUAAAUGAGUCUCUCUUUGAGCCUCAGAUUGAGCUUUAUAAAAGAGAAUUAAUAAAAAGUGGUUCAUUUUUAAGUGACA